AUGCUUCACCGUCAGGUGUACGGAGGAGAGCAGCACGAGAGUCACUUCUCGCACGAGCUCAUCGCCGGCGCCGCCUCGUUCGAAGGCAUGAAGCUCUGGGAGGACCACCAGCGCAAGGAGGGCAAGCCCGUCAGCCACUCCUUCGCCAAGGAGGCCAUCGCCGGCCUGGUCGGUGCCGAGGUCGACAAGCUGGCCGAGACCAAGGGCAUGGAUGAGGUUGACCGCCUCAAGGCCCGCGAGCACGCCAAGCGCAACGCUGAGCACAUGUACGAUGAGCACUACGUCCAGGGCCACGGUGCGGACCAGUACGACCCUCAGCGCUACGGCCGCCAUGAGCGCCAGGAGCGCCGCGGCUGGUAA